UUAAACAAUAUGAUAAAUAAUAAUAGUUUUGAUCAAUUAUUUUUUUCAGUUUGGAGGAAUGUGUAUCUUCUAAGUGAAAUUCAAAGACACCACAGGUUAUAUAAAAUAAAUAAUAUUAUAAAUAUAACAGAGUCAAUGGAUCAACUUAGAUACCAUCCACAUAGAAGAUAUGCAAGCACAGUUGGAAUCUAUAUUAACGAACCAUUAGAGCCACUUAUUCCAUCAAGCGUUACAAAAUUAGAUUUCUAUAGUUAUAAUCAACCACUCAAACCAAAUAUGUUACCACCAAAUAUUACCAGUUUGUCCUUAAAGCUUGAUCAAGAAAUCGAUAUUGGCACUUUUCCAAACUCAUUAACGUAUUUAGACCUAUAUCAAUUUUCAAAAAAUAUUAUUCCUGGUUCCUUUUGCUCAAUUGUAGAAUUAGCACUAGACUCAUUCGAAUUGCCUUUGAAGGUUGGUGACUUACCAAAAACAUGUACCACAUUAAAUCUCUACGAAUAUAAUCAUCCAUUUGAACCCAAUAUUCUUCCACCCCAUUUAAAAAUAUUAAGGUUAUCAAAAUAUAAUCAUCCAAUACCACAUGGUUUGCUUCCAAAAACAAUUACCGAGCUUAGUUUUAAUCACUUUAACCAUCCAAUAUCAAGCUCUCUAUUAUCACUAAAACAAUUAAAAAUUCUUUUUAUGAUCCAUUUCAACCAACUUUUAAAGCCAAAUAUACUUCCAUCAUCAUUAACCAAACUAUGUUUAAUGGAAUAUAACCAUCUAUUGGAACCACAAGUAAUACCACCAAACGUAAUACAUUUAGAACUAUCAUCAUAUAAUCAUAAUCUCAGUUAUAAUUUAUUUCCAAAUUCUGUGCAGUUUUUAUCACUAAAUAGUUACAACAAUCAACUGUUACAAUACCAUUUACCAUCAUCAAUCACAAAGCUUCAUUUUGGAGAACAUCCUCUUGAAUUUCAUGCCAAUUCAAUUCCGUCAUCAGUUAAAAUUUUAAAAUUACCAACAGCACAACCACCUCUUCAAAAUGGAGUUAUUCCAAACUCAGUAGUUGAUUUAACAAUAGGAAAUAAUCAUCCUCUAAAAGUAGGUGAAUUACCCGAAUCUCUUACCAAACUGACCCUUGGCUAUAAAUUUAACCAGCCAUUAGAAUCAGAUACUAUUCCCCAAUCCGUUACCGAAAUAAAACUAUAUAUACAAUAUUCACAUCCAAUACCUGAAUCUUUAUCAAGCAGAUUAAAAAUUAUAAAAAAAAGUGUAUAUUCAUAA